AUGCGUCGGCGAUGCAUCGGAAUCUUGAGCAUUCGGGAGGAUCGUCGUGUAGUGUCUAUGGCCUCGAAGGCUCUUCUUGGACAAGGACGAUGUGGGCAAUCUCUAGAUCUCCUUGUGAAGUCUAAAGAUCAAUAAAAUGAGUCGUCGAAUCGUCUCCAGCAGCUAUCACCCAGUGGAGCAAAAAAACGGUGACUUUGCGGCUCUUCGGCGGCUGUCACCUGACGGAGAGGAGUUGGAUGGAGGUGGGGUGCGUGUCAAGGAGCUUCAUCCUCACGUCCGCACAGCAAGAAGAGACUUUUCAUCGCAUCCGGUAUGUUCUCAGGACGUGGCGACUCAUCUCUCAGCGGAUCGUCCUCUUCCCAAUGACAGCUUGUUCGUUGAUCAAUCAGAGGUGCUUUACUCAAUGGAUUCACGAUCUUUUUAUCACAAAUCGUUUGGUAAUUUUAGUAACAAUGCUCUGCGAAUUGUGUUGACGAGAUUUUCGCCAAUGAUUCAGUGAUUCUGAUGACUUAAUCCUUCACUAGCGACCUACAAGAAAGUCGCGAUAAUCAAAUAAAAAAUAUGAGUUUUGGCUCUAAGAGGAUUCGAACCCGCACCGGUUGCCUGCCUGCAUGAGAGAGAUUGACAUAAUCUCUUUCAAAUCUACAAACAGCUAGAUGGUUGUUCACACACAAAACACAUUAAACUUGGAAAAACUUACCUCAGCUUCUAUAUUUUUCUAAGGCUAGGUAAUUUCCUCCUUGAGUAUGCUUCUCCAAUAAUCUAGACUACGAAUCAACACUUGAAUCAACCGAAAACACAUCUAAAUCGAUGCGAAACCUCAAAGUUAUUUCAUUCAAGCCAACUAAAUGUCAAGGUAUUCAAAGUUAGGUUUUUCACCCCUAAAUGGUGGCAUAAAUGUGUAAGGGUUACACAAGGGUCUGAGAUUACACAUGUGGGGCUGAUCUAUACCUUUGUGAACUGAUAUAUCCUAGAUUAUUUGAUCUAAGGUUGUGAAUGAGUGAGGGGUUUUCCAUGUUUUUGGUCGAGAUGAGAUGAGAUGAGAGUUUAUUUCCUCUUGGGUUAAUUUGAAGUGUUGGAUUUGAAAGUCUUUUCAUAGCUGUAGGAUUUUCCUUAAUGUUGAGAUCCAUUGCACCCCUAGUAAGUAUGCUCCAUCUGCCAUCAAUCGUGCAGACACUCUUGAUGGCUUCGAAUCUCCUCCUUUGGUGAUGCUCCAUGUUAAUGCUUUGGCCCUUGGUUAUGUUGCAUUAUCUCCAGAUCAAAUCUCAUCCAUAGAAGUGUAUAUGACUUCCUAAAAAUCAUAAAAAGAUGUCAAAAAUUCUUGAAAUUUUCUUAUAUUAGUAAAAAAAUCAAUGAUGAUGGUUAAACUCAGCAAACAAAUUCUGAAAAAUUCUCUAAAAUGUUAAAACUUUAUAAAAAUUCAAAAAAAUAAGAAAUAUUUAUUUUUUAAUAUGAUAGCAUACUAGAUCAUAAAAUUUAAGCUCUUGAAUAGGAUAAUUCUUUUAUUUUCACAUGAUAAUCAACAUGUUAUCAGCUUGUAGAAAGUGUUGUUAUCUGAGGAGAAGUGAUCGCUCAAAAAUGUCAUAAUUAAGGUGUCAAAAAAAAAUUAUAAUGAAAAUUUGGAUGUCUACUUAAUGAUACUAAUCAAUAUAGUUUAAGGAGUAUCCAAGUCAAACCACAAGGAAUUAUCUAAACUAAGGAGACAUUUAACUUCUGAUCAUGAUUAAAUUUUUGCUGAAUAAUGAGAUGAGGAGAUAAAAAAGAGUUGACUUAGGCAAACUAAGGGGAGGGAAUAGAUAAAUCAUCUUUUGAUGAUUUUUGAAUCACCAAGAGAAUGAAAAUUAGGUGAGAAACAAAUGGUGAAAUGUGGGAUGAUUGUGAAUUCCUUAAUCCUAAUGUGCAUAAAUAAAAAUUCUAAUAUUUCUAGAUCUUCUUAUGUUAGUUAGGAGAUCAAUAGAAAGACUAAAUGAAACUACUCUACUCUUAAACUACUCCAUAAUCUUUCUUUAUCUCUCUCUACUUCUAGUUAAUACUCAACUUUGAUAAAUCAGUGCAAAAUAACAUGGAAGGAGAAGGAUCAAAAGAAGGAGAUAAAGUAUGCUAAAUCUGUCCUACCUUGCUCACUCUUGGAAAUGUAAUCAAUCUUGAUAAAUUAAGAGAUCCACAUAAACCAAGGGAAGUGAGAGAAGAGUUGAAGGGUUGGAUUAUAUCCUAUGAUUGACCUAGCGUCAUUCUAGGCAUCAAAGAAUCAAAUCCUUACCUACUAUUAAUUUGGAUCAACUCUUUAUCACUAAGAUGUUCUUAAGAAGAGAAUAUAAUAAGAAAAUAAAAUUUAUUCAUUAAAAAUGAAAUAUAAUACGUAAUGAAAGAAAAAAUACAUGAAAGAUACCACAUUUCCUAGAUUGGCUCAUUUGGAGUGCUCAAAUGGAUUUGUCCUUAGAUUUCCUAGAUUGGCUCAAAGAGUGAAGUUCAUGGAGAUGUCCUCUUCUCCCUUUUGAGUCCCCCGCUCCUAUAAACAAAAUGUCCAUCUCUGUCAUCUAGGUGGCUUUUUAUUUUCCCCUUAGCAUGCCCAUUCUCAGCCCUUGGAACCUGGGGGAGAGUGCACAACCCUUGGAUUAGAUUUCUCUCUCAAAUGGUAGCUAUGUUUGGUGGCACAAAACAUUGGAACCACCUAUGCCAACAACACUACAGUGCAUGCCGGCAUGACGUCGGUGCACACUAACUCAAUGCCCGUGCGUGGCAACACAAUGCCCACGUGCAUUGGAAUGGCACCUGCACAUGAUAGCAUGGUGCCUGCACACAUCGACAUAGUACCCACACUCAAAGGCGGCAUGGCAUGACAUGUGCAGGUGUGACAGCUAUGUUUGGCGGCACAAAACGUGCGCAUGCCAGCAUGUGGCAUGGUGACAUUACGCACAACUCUGAUGUGGCAACUCAAAGCCACAAGGGCAGAUGGUAAUGUCACAAGCAUGACAUCAUCCAAAGGAAAAGUAGAUGACAUCACUAUCCCAAUGUCAGCUAAAGUGGGAACUCUUAAUCUCAUACUAUAAAUGUGAGGAAAGCUAACCAAGAGAUCAUCUAUAAAGGACCCCUAGCCCCAUGUAUAAAGCACCUUUUGCUAUCAAAGAUUGUCUAUUGGGUCACAUUUCGAAUCGUUGGUAUUAGAUCACCUAGUGUUUGACAAAGGAGUUGUGUAAAGUGGCCUACUUCCUCAUCACAGUGGUAUCAGAGCUAGGUUGGUCUUUUCUAUCCCCUCUCAGUGUUCUUUACUUGUAAUAGUUAAAAGAUGGAGGUGGAGGGUAAGUUGAGUACGAGUGGUACCCAAGGGCAACAAAUUGCUUGAUUUGUUGAGCAGCAAGAGACCACAGCAAGGAUUGUGGAGGCCUUGUGGGCCUACUGAACCUACUACAAGUUGAGUCCAUUAGCUUAUGAGAGGAAAUGGAGGCAAGAGUGACCUAGGUAGGGAAAUAGGCCCAAGAGGUCGUAAACAUAGGGGAGCCCCUCUCAAGAAAGCUUGAUGAGGAACUCCAAUCAAUAAAUGAUCAGAAGGGGAAGAUGGCUACGUCUUAUGAAUCUUAGAAGAGGGAAAUUUCUACACUAUAGACAUCGUUUGUGGAAUGGAUGGCUGGCUUACAACACAAAAUAGAGGAGGUAGUGAACAACCUCCAAAUGAGGAAUUCUAAUACCCUAAGUGAUGUGACUUAGUUGUUGUAUAGUAAAUCACUCAAAUUUAAAAUUUAUAAAACUAGAAAAUACUAAUUUUUAAAUAUUUAAAAGUAUUUCUGAAUAAAUAUAUCAAUUAUAAUUUAAUUAAAGUUUUAAAAAUAGUAAUAAUUUUCUAAGUUGAUCAUAGGAAUGUAAUAUAAUAUUAGGUAAUUUUUCAGAAUUUUCCUCAAAGAAUAUAAGUUUUUACAAAUUUUAGAUAAGUAAUAUAAAAAAAUUUAUUUAAACUUCGUAAAAAAUGAAAAUAAGGAUACAGACAUCAAGAUGACAUCAUCACCUGAUGAUGCAAAUCAAACAAAAAUAGAGUUUUACCAGGUGAUUCCUACGUAAGUGAUUAUAUACGAUUUAAUUGAUUAAAUUAAGAUUUGUGAAAGCUAAAAGAAUCAUAAUUUAAUGAAGAAUAAUUUGAUAAAUUUAAAUCACACAAAUUAUCCAGAGUGAUAAUUAUGUUGAAAAUAGGAAAAUAGAGUUCCGGUGUUUUGGCGGUGAUGUGUCGACAAUACACCGGAAUCUUGAGUAUUUGGAAAGAUUGUUGUGUAGUGUUCAUGGCCUCGAAGUCUCUCCUUAGACGACAACAACAUGGGUAAUUUUUUAAUCUUCUUGCGAAGUCUAGAUAUUAACGAAAUAGGUCGUUGAUAAGUCUUAAUUAUCAUGAGUUAAUAAUUAGUAAAUAAUAUAAUUUUAGCCUUAACUCAUAAUAAAUAGACUUAUAUUCAUGUUAAAGUGUGAAAAGUACUUUUCAAUUGAUUAACGUGAAUUUUUGGGUAAUUAUGUGAUUUUAUACGAUUUUUACAGUCUUACUUUUGAGAUAAAUGAAGAACAAGAAAUAAAAAUAAAAAUAUUACAAAAUGGGGGGACCCGCCGACCAGCUGGGCCUGUAAGCGGGUCGGAAGCGCAGUCGAGGAGUAGCUGCGAGCAGGGGCUCGAGCGGCUUGAACCGAUGGGGGCACGUGUGCGCCACUCCCCUUCCAUGUCACUGGUGGCCAGCCAGCUAUAGGGCAAGGUGUGGUCGUACACGCGCGAGAAAGGGACUUUGCUUAGAAAUGUAACAUUACUAUAUAUUCGCCCGAAAAUUCAGCACACAACUGAUGUGGGACUAAACCCGUCACCUUCCUCAAAAGAGGCGGGGGCAACCGGCACGAGUUCGAAUCCUCCCAGAGCCAAAACUCAUAUUUUUAUCUAAUUAUCGUGACUUUCCUGCAAAUCGCCGGUGAAGCAUUAAGCAACCAGAAUCGCUGGAUCAUUGGCGAAAAUCUCGUCAACGCGAUUCGCGGAGCAUUGUUACUCAAAUUGCUGAAGGAUUCGCGAUAAAAGGAUAGCGAAUCCAUCGAGUAAAUCAUCUCCGAUUGAUCGACAAACAAGCCGUCGUCGGGAAGAGGACGAUCCGCUGGGAGACGAGUUGCCACCUCCUGAGAGCGUACUAGAUGCAAUGAAGAGCCUCCUCUUGCUACGCAGACCUGAGGAUGAAGCUCCUUGACAUGCUCCCCACCUCCAUCCAACUCCUCUACAUCGGGUGACAGCCGCCGAAGAGCCGCAAAGUUGUUAAUUUUUCGCUCCGCCGGGUGACAGCCGCCGGAGACGAGUCGACAACCCAUUUCAUUAAUCUCUAGACUUUGCAAGGAGAUCUGGAGAUUGCCCAUGUCGUCUUUGUCUAAGGAGAGCCUUCGAGGCCGUGGACACUACACGACGAUCCUCCCGAAUGCUCAGGAUUCUGGUGCAUUGUCGACGCAUCGCCGUCGCGACGCUAGAACUCUGUUUUCCUACUUUCAACUUAAUUUACGCUUCAUUUAGUGAUACUUUGUGUGAUUUUAAUUUACCAAAAUAUACUUCGUUCAAUUACGAUUCUUCCGGCUUUUGCAGAUCUUAAUUUGAUUAAUUAAAUCAUCUGUAAUCGCUUACGUAAGAAUCGCCGAGCGGAACUCUGUUUCUGCCCGAUUUGCAUUCACCGGGUGCUGACGUCAUCCUGACGUCCGCACCCUUAUUUCCUUUUUUUCGUGAAUUUUAAAUAUAUUUCCUUUUCAUUUCCUAGUAUAAAAUUCAUAGAAAAUCGUAUUCAUUGAGGAAAAAUCUGAAUAAUUACCAAAUAUUAUAUCACAUCCUUGUGAUCGACCUGGAAAAUUACCGCUAUUUUUUGGAAGUUUUGUUGAAUUAUAAUUGAUAUAUUUGUUCAGAAAUACUUCUAAAUAUCUAAAAAAUCGUAUUUUCUAGUUUUAUAAAUUUUAGAUUUGCGUGAUUUAAUAUACAAUGAUUAAGUCACGUCAAAUUUUGGUGCCGUUGCUGGAGAUGUAUUGCAUAAUAUUUAGUAUUUUUCUAUUUUUCUCUUAGAGUACAUAAAAAAAAUAUAACUCUUGUUUUAUUUUCUUUUUGCUGAUUUUUUUUUAAGAAAAAGGGAACGAAAAAAAGCAAGGCAAGGACUGGAGCAUACUGAAGGAGGGUAACAAUUAUUAAACUUUUCUCUCGAAUUUAUUGAUUUUUUAUGCAUGGUAGAAGAUCCUUGCAUCCAAGGCUAGAAAAUCCUUUCAUUAUUUCAUUCAAGAUUAAAAAUCUGAAAGAAAAAUUAAUUUUGAUGGAUCCUGAAGGAAGUACAGGUCAAACUGAGAACAAUCCUAUGGCCAUGAAAAAUCAUUAUAUCCCUGAUUCAUUUCAAAGAGCAUCAAAUAUUAGAGUCCCAUUAGCACCCACUGUUAAAUUCAAAAUAAAUCCAGGAAUUUUUCAAAUGCUCCCUAAUUUUCAUGGAUUGCCUUUAGAGGAACCUCAUCAGCACUUAGAAAAAUUUCAUAUGGUCUGUGAUUUAGUUAAUCUCCCUCAAGUUACACCGGAAAUUAUUAAGAUGAAAUUAUUUCCUCAUACACUUAGGGACAAAGCUAGCCAUUGGCUAUCCACAUUAGAUAGAGAAUUAACUAGCUGGAAAGACAUAGAACAUGCCUUUCUUUGAAAAUUUUAUCCCUUAAAAAAAACCCAAAAUAUAAGAAAACAUAUAUGGAGUUUUUCUCAAAAAUCAGGAGAAACUUUACAUGAGACAUGAGAAACAUUCAAAGAUUUACUUAGAAAGUGUCCUCAUCAUGCUAUACCCAAGUGGCAGCUCAAUAGAAUUUUUUAUGAUGGAUUAUUAGAACAACAUAGAAAUAUGGUUGAUUCUAUAUGUGGAGGAGCUUUUAUGGAGAAAACCCCUGAUGAGAUUUACAAUUUUUAUGAGAAUUUAAGUGAAAAUUCUAGAGAUCAAGCCUCUUUUGAAUUAUAUGAUAGGGAUAAGAAGAGAGGAAUUUAUGAAUUGCAUCAUGAUGAUGAUUCUAAACUUAGAAAUGAGGUUAAUCAGAUUAAUCAAAGAUUAGAAAAACUUGAUUUACUUAUUGACAAUAUUAGAAAGCUUCUUAACCCUCAAUUUAAUUCAAAUAAUAGAUGUCCUAUGUAUAGUGAGAAUGAUUAUUCUGAAUUUCAAUGUUAUAAUUUAGAUUAAUCAUUUCACCCUAAGCAAGAACAAGUGCAAGUAGCUCAUGGUUUUAAUAGAAAUAGGGAACCUUUUUCAAAUUCUUAUAAUCCUAAUUGGAGGAAUAAUUUUUCAUGGAGAGACCCAAAUAAUAUUUAAAAUCCAAAAGCACUUAGACCCAAUUCAAACUCUAAAUUUAGUCCAAAACAAGAAAACAGAUUUCAAAAAAAUCUGCCCUCUCAAACCCAACCUGAUACUAUGGAAAUGAUGCAGCAAAUGAGCCAAAUGAUGCAACAAACUAUGAAUCAAAUGAUGCUGCACCAGAAACAAAUUAUACAGGCCUUUGGGAAUAAGAGAGAAGAGGGACAGCUACCUAGUCAGCCCAUAAAAAAUUCAGGGAACUGUCCAACAAUAGGAUUUCAGCAAGGGGAGUCUAGUAGCAUGAAUCUAGGAAAAAACCCACGAAAUGAAAAUGUUAGGACAGUGAAUACAUUAAGGAGUGGUAAGAUCUUACCUAAUCCUUAUCCCCAAACAUUAGAAGAAAAAGAAAAUGUGGACAACCCAAAACAAAAUCAAAUAGGAGUAGAAGAGGAUUUUAUAGAUUCUACCAAGAAAAUUUCGAAAGAGAGGACAACCAUUCCAUUUCCUAAAGCUCUAGAGCCUAGACAAAGAAAGAAAAAGGAACACAAUGAAGAAAUAAAGAAAAUUUUACAAGAUGUGCAAAUUAGUCUUCCUUUACUCACUGCCAUUGAACAUAUUCCUGAAUAUACUAGAGUUUUGAAAGAGAUGUGUACACCAAAAAGGGCACCUAGAGUAGAAAAAUUAUCUAUGCAUGCUAGUGCAUUAUUAUUAAAUCAAUUACCAUAUAAAUUGAGAGAUACAAGUGUCCCUUUAAUUUCGUGUGAUAUUGGUGGAUCCAUUUUUCAGAAUGCAUUACUUGACACCGGUGCUAGUAUUAAUUUAUUACCUGUAAGUAUUUGUGAUAAAUUUAAUAUUUCUGAUAUUAAACCUUCUACUAUUACCUUACAAUUUGCUGAUAGAUCCAUAAAACAUCCUAAAGGUAUUUUAGAAAAUGUGAUAGUGAUAGUUAAAGGGUGUAAAUUUCCAGCUGAUUUUGUAGUGCUGGAAAUGGAUUUUAAUGGACAGUUUUAUGAUACACCAAUCAUCCUAGGGAGACCAUUUUUGCAUACAGCAAAGAUGAAUAUUGAUUUUUCCACAAGUAUUACGAAAAUUUCAUGUGGAGAUCAAUCAGUAGAAAUUAAAAUUUUUGAGGUAUCAAAUGAUCUUAAGAAAUCCCAAGUAUAUGAUUGUCAUAUCAUAGAUCUUCUAGAUGAUUUUGAUGAUCCAGAUGUUAUUGAUGACUGUGUGCUGGAAGAAUUAGAGGAAAUAGAGAAUAUAAAUUUGGAAGAAAAGAAAGAGGAAGAUCAUCUGAAUUUAGAGUUGAAACCUCUUCCCUCUAGUUUAAAAUAUAUGUUUUUGGAGGAAAAUAAUUCAUUUCCUGUUAUUAUUGCAGCUGAUUUGAGUGAUGAACAGGAAGAAGAAUUAUUAGAUGUACAUCGAAAAAAUAAGAAGGCUAUGGGCUGGAAAAUAGACGAUCUAAGGGGCAUUGAUAUGAGUAUAUGCAUACAUAGUAUAUAUCUAGAGGAGGGGGCUAGAACUAGCAAGGAACCACAACGAAGAUUAAAUCCUAACAUGAUGGAAAUUGUAAAAAAAGAAAUUUUAAAGUGGCUGGCUGUUGAUAUUAUUUAUCCUAUUUCAGAUAGCAAAUGGGUUAGUCCUACACAAAUAGUGCCAAAAAAAUCAGGGAUCACGGUUAUAAAAAACGAAAAUGGGGAUGAAAUACAAACAAGAUUAACUACCGAUUGGAGGGUUUGCAUUGAUUAUAGAAAAUUAAAUUUAGUUACUAGAAAAGAUCAUUUUCCCCUACCAUUUACUGAUCAAAUUCUAGAAAAAUUAGCUGAAAAUUUAUUUUUUUGUUUUCUAGAUGGAUACUCUGGUUAUAAUCAAAUUUAUAUAAACCCUUUAGAUCAAGAAAAAACAACUUUCACUUGUCUAUUUGGUACUUUUGUUUUUAAACGCAUGCCUUUUGGUUUGUGUAAUACUCCAACCACAUUUCAAAUAUGUAUGUUGUCUAUUUUUUCUGAUAUGAUUGGAAAAUGCAUGGAAAUUUUAAUGGACGAUUUUUCUGUUUUUGGUGAAUCAUUUGAUGAAUGCUUAAAUCAUUUACAGCAUGUACUUGAGAAAUGCAUAGAGAAAAAAUUAGUUUUGAGUUGAGAGAAAUCACAUUUUAUGGUUAGAGAGGGAGUUGUGUUGGGUCAUAUUGUGAGUGAAAGUGGUUUAGAGGUGGAUAGAGCAAAAAUUGAUAUUAUAUCUAAAAUAAAACCUCCAAAUUCAAUAAAAUAGAUUAGAACUUUCUUGGGUCAUGCAGGUUAUUAUAGAAAAUUUAUUUAAGAUUUUUCAAAAAAUUCUAAACCUCUCACCAUGCUAUUAUCUAAAGAUGUGCCUUUUAAUUUUGAUGAGAAAUGUUUUGAGUCUUUUUCUGAAAUAAAAAGAUUACUUACUGAGGCACUUAUUUUACAAGCUCCUAAUUGGUCCCUUCCUUUUGAAAUAAUGUGUGAUGCAUCAAAUUAUGCAGUGGGGGCCAUUCUAGGACAAACAAAAGAGUCAAAACCCAUAGUAAUUUCAUAUGCUAGUAAAACUAUAUCCGAUGCUCAAUUAAAUUAUACCACGACUGAAAAAGAGUUGUUAGCUAUAGUAUUUUCAUUAGAAAGGUUUAGAUCAUAUAUUUUGGGAGCUAAAAUUAUUAUUUAUACUGAUCAUGCAGUAUUAAAAUAUCUGUUAAAUAAGAAAGAUGCAAAGCCACAUUUAUUAAGAUGGAUUUUAUUGUUAUAGGAAUUUGACUUAGAAAUAAAAGAUAAAAAAGGUUUCACGAAUGUUGUUGCUGACCAUCUUUCUAGAUUAAGUGAUACAGGAAUAAAUGUAGCACCUUUACAAGAUGCAUUUUCAGAUGAACAAUUGAUGGCAGCUCAACAUCAACCAUCACCAUGGUAUGCACAUAUUGUUAAUUUUCUGGUUUCUAGAAAAACUCCAGAAUAGUGGGAUAAGAAUAGAAAACAUCAUUUCUUUUCUAAGAUUAGAAAUUAUUUUUGGCAUGAUCUUGAUUUAUAUUAGUUGGGCAAUGAUCAAAUUUUAAGGAGAUGUAUUCCUGAAGAAGAAUAUCAUAACAUUAUUAACAUGUGCCAUUCAUCUAAUUGUGGAGGACAUUUCUCUGGACGAAAAACAGCUGCAAAAAAAUUUCAGUGUGGUUUUUAUUGGCCUACAAUCAUUAGAGAUUCUAUAGAAUUUAGUAGAACAUGUAUUUCAUGUCAAUCUAUAGGUAACAUGAGUAAAAAAGAUGAAAUACCCAUGAGUAACAUGUUAGUAGUUAAAAAUUUUGAUGUAUGGGGAAUAGAUUUCAUGGGUCCCUUCCCAUUAGCUGAAAAAUAUGAAUAUAUUUUUCUUGCUGUUGAUUAUGUGUCGAAGUGGGUGGAAGCUAUUCCUACUAGAACUAAUGAUCAUAAAAUCGUAAUGAAAUUUGUGCAGAAAAAUAUUUUUUCGAGAUUUGGAUGUCCUAGAGUAAUUAUUAAUGAUGCAGGAACACAUUUUACAAAUAAACAUUUCAGGGAACUAUUGAAAAAAAAUGGAGUACACCAUAGAGUAGCCACUCCAUAUCAUCCCCAAACAAAUAGGCAAGCUGAAGUAGCAAACAAGGAAAUUCAGAGAAUUUUGAGAAAAAUAGUUAGACUAGAUAGAAAAGAUUGGCCCACAAAAUUACAAGAUGCAUUAUGGGCUUAUAGAACAGCUUAUAAAAAUCCCAUAGGUAUGUCCCCAUUUCGUCUCAUUUUUGGAAAGCCAUGUCAUCUUCCUGUGGAAAUAGAGCAUAAAGCAUUAUGGGCUAUAAAAAAUUUAUGUAUGAAUGAAAAAUCAACUGGUGGGCAUAGAAUUUUUCAGCUACAUGAACUAGAGGAGUUGAGGAAUGAAGCUUAUGAAAAUCAUAGAAUAUAUAAAGAAAAAACUACAACUUUUCAUGAUAAAUACAUUAGCAGAAAAAAAAUUGAUGUUGGACAAAAAGUGUGGUUAUAUGAUUCUAGGCUGAAAUUAUUCCCAGGAAAAGUAAAAUCAAAAUGAAAAGGGCCUUAUGUGGUGGAAGAGACAUAUGAUCAUGGGGCUGUAAUGAUUAAAGAUCCUAAAAGUGAUCAUAACUUUAAGGUAAAUGGACCGGCUUAAACAUUACAUAGAACAUGAACGCCUUGCAGAAAAAUAAAAUUUAUUAUUAAAAGAAAUUCAAGACUAAGAUCAAGGAGUCCAGCUGGAGACAUUAAAUUCAGUGCUACAUGAGAGGCAACCCAUGGUUUUUAUUUUAUUCUGUUUAAUUUUUUUAAGCUCUGCUUUUCUUAGAAUUUCGCAAUACUUGUUUUUGUAUUUGUUUUUUCGAAAAAGUGCAAGAGGAGGAGUGUAAGAUGAAGUGGAAAAUUAAAAACGAGGUUGAGGUGAUGUCUUUCUGAGCUUUAUCAUUUAUGACAAUAUUUUUAAUACUUAACUUUGCAUAUAUGCAUGCUUCACUUGAAAAUUAUAUUUUCUGCAUAUUUCAUUUUGAGUUUUCUGUGUCAUUGAGGACAAUGUCAUUUUUAAGUUGGGGGGUGAAAUAUUCAUUAUUAAUUUAUGUUGUAGGAUGAUUAAGAACAUGUGUUUGUAUUAGAACAACAACUGAAAAAAUAAAAAAUAAAAUAAAAUUCGGAAAAACUGCAACAUCUAUUUUCUAGUUUUCUGUUAGGAACAACAGACUAUCAAAAACAGCAGACAAAAAAUAGCCCGAAAUUUGAAAUUCUAGAGACCCUUUUCUCACAUUUCAAUCCCCUAGACAUAUAUUACUGAAAUUCGAAAUUACAGCUAUAAAGAGGAUAGUUUUGAUUUAUUUAUGACAAAUUUAUUGUUGCAAAAAACAGAACUGAAAACAGAAAAUGAACUGUCAGAACUAUCUAAUUUAUAAAUUUCUUACAUCAUAUUGCAUGCAUGAAAAAUUAAAUCAAUUAGAUUGAUUGAUACCAAAAGAUACUAGGAAGAUUAUUAUUGAGUCAAAAGAAUGAUCUAAUAGCAUGAAAUGUGGGAAUACUCCUUGGAUACAUGAUAGAUAACAUGGAUUUGAUUUUACAGAUUCUCACUUCAUGAUCUUGAUAGAUAAUAUUUACUUGAUAUGAAAAUUUGAGUGAUCAUUUGAGUUUAAUAGAGAUUUUUGCACCCUGAUCUAUAAGACUUAUGAGGAGAAAUCACUUAUUUUGAAAAAAAGAAAGAGAGCAAUGUGAAAAAUCUAGAAACGAAGAGUACACAUGGAGGGUGUGAGACAUCAUUCUCAUUGUCGAAAAUUGUGUAUAGAAAAACACUUGCUGCAAAAUAAGUGGAUAAAGUGAAAGCCCUGAAAAUGAAGAGUACACAUGGAGGGUGUGAGACAUCAUUCUUAUUGUCGAAAUUUGUCUACAAGAAAAGCUACUUAUCCACUAUAUAUAUAUUAAGAAAAAAAAAAAAGAAUGAAGAAAUAUAGUGCACACUUCAAAAAUCAAGCCAUAGAAAAAGGGAAAUGUAGGAUCUAUAUUAUUCUUGGAUGAUUAUUGAUAAUUGGAACAUCUUGUAAAUAUAUCUAUGAUUGAAGAAGUGAUAAAGAUGUGAAUAGAAGAAGUGAAGUCUAGAUUGUUAUUCCAAGGAGUGCUUAAACAUUUAAGUGCUUGACAUCAUUCUUAAAUACUUGAUAUAAGAGUCCAAAGUGUCUAAAGGUGCAUCAUUUCUAAUUGUAUUUUUUUAUGUAUUGAAAUAUGAUGUUUGAGAUUUUUAUUUUUGUAAUUCCAUUGCUAAGGGACUAGCAAUGGUUUAAGUUGGGGGGUGUGAUAAGUCUUCAUUAUCAUGAGUUAAUAAUUACUAAAUAAUAUAGUUUUAGCCUUAACUCAUGAUAAAUAGACUUAUAUUUGUGUUAAAGUGUGAAAAGUGGUUUUCAGUUGAUUAAUGUGAAUUUUUGGGUAAUUAUGUGAUUUUAUACAAUUUUUACAGUCUUACUUUUGAGAUAAAUGAAGAACAAGAAAUAAAAAUAAAAAUAUUACAAAAUGGGGGGACCCGCCGACCAACCGGGCCUGCAAGCAGGUCGGAAGCGCAGUCGGGGAGUAGCCGCGAGCAGGGGCUUGAGCGGCUUGAACCGAUGGGGGCACAUGUGCACCACUCCCCUUCCAUGUCACCGGUCACCAACUAGCUGUGGGGCAAGGUGUGGUCGUACACGCGUGAGAAAUGGACUUUCCUUAGAAAUGUAACAUUACUAUAUAUUCGCCCGAAAAUUCAGCGCACAACUGAUGUGGGACUAAACCCGUCACCUUCCUCAGAAGAGGGGGGGCAACCGGCACAGGUUCGAAUCCUCCCAAAGCCAAAACUCAUAUUUUUAUCUGAUUAUCGCGACUUUCUUACAGAUCGCCGGUGAAGGAUUAAGCAACCAGAAUCGUUGGAUCAUCGGUGAAAAUAUCAUCAACGCAAUUCGCGUAGCAUUGUUACUCAAAUUGCUGAAGGAUUCGCGAUAAAAAGAUCGCGAAUCCAUCAAGUAAAUCAUCUCCGAUUGAUCGACGAACAAGCCAUCGUCAAGAAGAGGACGAUCCGCCGGGAGACGAGUCGCCACCUCCUGAGAGCGUACCAGAUGCAAUGGAGAGCCUCAUCUUGCUGUGCGGACUUGAGAAUGAAGCUCCCUAACAUGCGCCCCACCUCCAUCCAGCUUCUCUAAGUCGUGUGACAGCCGCCAAAGAGCCGCAAAGUUGCUGUUUUUCCGUUCUGCCGGGUGAGAGCCGCCAGAGACGAGUCGACAACUUAUUUCAUUAAUCUCUAAACUUCGCAAGGAGAUCUGGAGAUUGCCCACGUCGUCUUUGUCUAAGGAGAGCCUUUGA